AUGGGUGAGGAGAAUAAGGUAGUUGGAGAAGGUGAGAAGAAGAAAGAGGAAAGUGUUGGUGCCACUGCUGUUGUUGGUGAUGGAGAGGAGGAAAAGAAUAAGAAGAUGAAGAAGAGUAAGAAGCAGGGGUUAAUUUCUCGAAUUUGGAAAGGGAUAUUCAGAAGACGUAGUGAUGAUUUUGAGAAGAGGCUGCAGUAUAUUUCCAAAGAGGAAGCUGCGGUUAUGGCCAGGGUCAAUCGGAGUAAUCGGUCGUGGCAGAGAACUUCACGCCAGAUCAUAAUAAUUUUUGUUAUAUUUGAGGACGACGAGAGUCUAAGGAGAUGGAAGGAACAACUUCUUGGGAAUGUGUAUGUGAACAAUGUGACAGAGGUUCUGGAACCAGAAGUGAAAAUAAUAAGCCUUUCAAUAGUGUCACCUGGAAGAGAGGACAUAGUGCUUCCAAUACCUGAGAAUGGGAAUCCAAAGGGUCUAUGGUCCACUCUCAAGGAAGGAAGCCCAUACCGCUUGAAAUUCACUUUUGUAGUCAGCAAUAAUAUUGUGUUUGAGUCAAAGACUAUUCAGAGAAUGGAGCUUCUGAUUCUGACUGAGAAUCAAGAUGCUAUAGAUGCUGCAAUUAUUGGUGCUCUGUGCAGGGACCGUAGGAAACAAGUGUACUUGGGUGAAUUUGACACAACACAUGCUGCAGCUAGGGCAUAUGAUCGAGCUGCGAUCAAGUUCCGUGGCAUUGAUGCAGAUAUUAAUUUCAACGUUGGAAUUGAAAUGCAGAGAAAAGCAGCAUUGCCGUUGAGGGACGCAAAAAGCGGCAAUGCGAACAAGAUGAGGGCUCUGUGCAGCAAGGAAGCUUUGCCUGGAACUUUUGACCUUGUUGGCACUAUUUUGUAUGAGAUAGACCAGCAUCCUUACCAGAAUAGCUUCUUUAGCGGCACUAUUGAAGUCGUCGAGAAAACAAAAAGGGCUCCAACAGAUGCUUAG